AUGAAUAUUUUGGAAAAAGCUGACAUCUUUGGAAUUCAAAUAGGAUUAAAUUAUAAAUAAGAUAAUGUGUAUAAAACAGCUUUUGGUGGACUCACUACUUUAGUAUUCAUUGCGAUGAUGACCAUAUUUUUUUUCAACUAAGUUGUGACUCUUAUUUAGAAAUCUUAAGUUAACUACACUACUUCUCCAUCAGUUGAAACAGAACCUGGCAUCAUCGAAUUAGAUACUAACAAAUAUAUGAUAGCUGUAAAAAUAGAUUAAGAUGAUUUUAUAAGUAGACCAUAUUAUAAUUUGACAUUUGAGCAAAGACACUAUAUAAGAUAUGAAAAUGGCACUUACAUUUAGAAUAAAACUCCUAUAUAACUUGAACCUUGUACAUGGGAUCACUUUAAAGGACUUCCUAAUUUACAAUAUGAUUGGCAGAAAGCUUACGAUUUAUAAAAUCUUGACGAUUUUUUGUGCUUAUAGAGAAAUUAAACUUACCUUAUAGGAGGAAAAUUCGAAAAUAAAGAUUUUUACCACCUGAAAUUCUUAGUCACAUAAUGCAAGAAUUCGACUGAUACUACCAGAAAAUGGAAACCAGUUUGUAAGACGUCUUAGGAAAUCAAAGACAAGUAAAAUGAUGAAGACACAAGAAUUGAUUUUUUAUUUACAAAUUACAAUUUGAAUCCAGAAUAACCUGAUAGUACAUCUCAGAUAUAUUUAGAAAGCAUGUUUUUUACAUUCUAGCCUCACUAUAUGUACUCUACAGCCAACAUAUUUAUUACUUAGAAAACUAUGACAACCGAUAACAGCUUGUUUCCUUUCGAAGAUAACUCUGAUGAAAUAUUUCCUAUUUACAAUAAUGGUGAUUACAAGUAGCAAUAUUCGGUGGGAGAUUAUCAGAAAUAUAGCGAGAUAUUUUUCCUUCGUAGCAAUUUUAAUACAUAGAUUAAUAGAGCAUAUCAAAAAAUUGAUUAAGUUAUAAGUUACAUUGGUGGAUUCUGUCAAAUGUUUUUGCUUUUGUUUGCAUUUGUAGUCAGAACUUACAAUUCUUAUCACUAUUAAUUUGAGUUAAUAAACAAGCUUUAUGAUUUUGAUUUGAAUGAGAUAUAAAAUGAUAAUGAUUAGCACCCUAAUAAAACGAAUCCAACAAAAUAGAGAAGAACAUCUAGCUUUUAAGCAAAACAUAAUUGUAAGAUUAAUCCAAUAGAGUCUUCAAAUUAGAUAGAUGCCAACUAAUAGUAUAAGAUAAAAGCUUAAAAAAUUGAUAAAAGCGCCUUUUAGACUGAAGGUCACCACCAAAAUUUAAGAUACUCAAUAAUUGAUUUAAGUCCAUGCAAAUUAGCUCAAAGCUAAUAGUUUGAAUAAGAGAUAUCUAAAAAUUUUGAGAAGAACGAAAGAACAAUAAACAACGAUCAAAAUUAUUAAUCUAAAAUACUCAGAGAGAACAUAAGCCCAACUUAAUCAAGAGCUUCUCCAAUGAAAAGAAUUAAUCUAGAAAAACUUUAAUUUUCUACUUAGUAAUCCGCAUCCGUUUUACCUUUAAAUUACACUUCAAGCUAAGAAAGAAAUAAUCCUUAUGGCGAUGAACCAAAAAGACGCAAGCAAAAAACUUUAUUAAAUAAAAGCGUAGUUAAAGAAUAAGAGUCAAACAUUUCAAAGUCUUUAUAAAAUCUAUAGCAAUAACAAACAAAUUAAAAUGAUCACUUAGAAAACUAUGCAAAGACCCCAUAUUAAAAUGAAGAGAAUGAUUACAAUAAUAAUAUUAAUGCUUUUAAUGAGGGUGAAUACUUUAACUAGGCCUUAUAAAUUACAAGUGAGUAAGCCUUGAAAAUUAAAAAAGGAGUUAAAUUUUACAAUGCUUAGCAAUUUUUAGAAAGAGAAAUAACAAAUUACGUCAAAAAAGAGAAUCCUAUGAAGUUAAGUUUAUAGUAUUUUAUCAAUUCUAUUACAUUUGGGAAAUUUUGUAACACACCAGUUGUUCAGAUUUUAAAUAAGGCGAAUGACAUGCUUUCAAAGGAUAUUGAUAUUUAUGAAUUGAUAAGAAGCAUUAAAGAAUUAGAUAAACUCAAAAAACUCCUUUUAAAUAAAGAACAAGAAUCACUCUUUAAUUUCUUCCCUAAACCUGUCAUAUCUCUAAAAGAAGAUGAUGCAAUACCUAAGAUUGAUUAUUUAAAAAGGUCAUAAACGAAUAACAAAGUAACUUUUAACAAGUUGAUCUACUAAUAAAAAGUUACAUCAUUUAAAUAAAUUGCUUUAGUAAUUAAAGCAAUCAAUCGUUUUAAAAUGAACCUCAAAAGAAAUCAACAUUCAUAGAUUAAAAAAUUGUAUGAUGCCUAUGUAAAGAUCAUUCAUACAAAUGAUCCAAAUAGUUCUUAAGCUGAAAUUAAUGAAAGACUUAUUGAAUUGCUAGGAAAAGAUCUUGUUAAAAUCUUUGAAGCUACAAGAAGAAUAUAUGUGAAAACCGAAGAGCAAAUUUACAGAGAAACUAUGUUAGCCAUCUAAUAAAAUUAGAAUGGUGAAUAUUAUAAUUAAAAUUACAAAGAAGAUGUUUCUCCUAUUGGAAAAUAAAUUAUGAGAAAACCAUAUUUUGAUAAUCAGGUUAGCUCUUCUAAUUCUGAAAGUAAGAAAUAAGAGGACGAGGAGCAAUAAAUAGCUCAUAAAAACCAAUAAGUAGAUGAAAAUGUUUAAGUGGAAGAAUAAGGUUUAAUAGAAGAAAAAAUUAUUGAUUUACAUGCUUAGUAAUAACAGCAGAUGCAAACUGAUUAAAAUAUUUCUGUAUUAAAUGCAACCUCUCUGCCUUUUAUAAAUAAUUUUGGUAAUGCAGAAUAGACAAGCAUAGUGAACAUUAAUAACAAUGAAAAAAAAAAUGAAACUGAAAUAUAUUAAUAAGAUAUAUAAGAGGAGGAGGAAUUUAAUGUAUACUAAUCUUAUAGCCUAAAUAAAAAUGUAAAUUCGAAUAUAUAAGAUGAUUAAAAUUAAAUGAAUAUCUCUUCUUUUUAGAUUGAAUAAAAUAAUACUCCAGUUCAAAUUAUUUAAAAAGCAAAGGCAAAGAAAAAUAACUAUGUAAAAUCACCAAAAUCAAAAAAAUAAAAAUGA